AUGAGUAAACAUCUUGCUCGUGAUGAUUCCGUGUGGAAUCGUCUUAUAUAUGGCUCCUCCAGGAUUCCCGUUGAGGAGGUUCAGGAAACCACUUUUAACGAAAAGGAGGAGCAAGAGCCCAAGAAACGGUCAAUGAAUUAUAGAAUCUUUGCCAUUUACGCUUGGGUAGCGGUUACUGCCGUGUUUGCCUUGUAUGAAACCCAAAAGUUGGUUCUGCCAUUGAAGUUUGGUCCUGGACUUGUGACGGGACGUAGGAAUGUUGGAAUUGGCUCCACAGCUGGUGUCUUUUCCGUUCAAGAGGCACCAAAGGAGAUCAUUGAGGUAUCAUAUCCUUUUGUGCCGAGCAAGAGAUACGGUGAAUCUUUGCAUACUGAGCUUUUGGCUAACAAGACGUUUUCACUGUGGGGAGACCCUCUGUUCGUUGAGUAUACUCCUCCAGAAAUUGAGUUCAACAGGGUGGUUUUGACGUUACACACUAAUGUUACAGGAGUUCAGUACGACAGGUUGGCUCAUCUCUAUGUCGGAGGUGCUGAAAUCUGGAGAACCAGUACCAUUGAACCGGGUGGACUGUUGGUAUUUUCCAUCUUUAGCAAAGAUGUUUCCAAAUACCUUGCCUUGUUCAAAGAGAAGAACGGUAUUUUGUUUCAAUUGGAUAACGUUGUGAACGAUAACAUCAACGGCGAGCCUCAUGUCGAAUUGUACGCUGAUUUCUACAAUGACCACAGUACGCAUGGCGCAGAGUUCGGUCCAGUAGAGGUCGAUGCUUCCUCAAACGAUGAAAGAUACCAAUACUUCGAUAUCAGAAAGCCUGCUGACAAGGUAUACCCCUUGAUCGAGCAGAAGGAUCCUAAGACCCCACCAAUUGUCACAUUGUCUGGCGAGCAACAUCUUGAAUUGAAAUUGCCACAGGUAUCAAGAAACACUACUAGAUUGCAAUUGGAUGUAUUUUCUAGCGGAAAUGGUGACGAGGAAUUCUGGUACACCAACGUGUUGGAUAAGUUCAAGUCCAUCUUUGCGCCAAGCGAGUUACUUGGUCAUGGUCCAUUGCGUAUUGUGAAUGUGUAUUUCGAUGGAGAGAAGAUUGCGUCGCAGACCCAGCAGCCUUUCAUAUUCACCGGAGGAAUAUCUCCUUCGCUCUGGUCCCCGGUUGUGGCUAUUAAUGCUUUUGACCUCCCAAGUAUUAAUGUUGAUGUCUCUGGCUUGUUGCCUUUACUUUGGGAAGACGGAGAGCAUACGAUAUCUUUUGAUAUUAGUAACGGCCUUGAUGAGGCUAAUGAUGAACACUCCGGCGUCGGUGAUGGAUGGAUCACUGGCGUCAAUUUAUUGACUUACGAGAACAAGGAUGUGGUAAAGGGGUCCGGUGAGAUUAUUCACAUCGGUAACAGAACCAGAGCUAACCUGAUUGCUUUUGGACGUAAGAUUUUCUUGCUGCAAAUCGUUAAUGGCAUUUUAGAAGGAGAGUUGACCAGUGAACUCACUCUCACGUUGGCAAAUGGGGAAGAAGUGAGCACAAUCGCCAGCCUGUUCAAUAAGGGAGAGAUCUCCAAUGUUCAGCUGUACCUCAACCUGGGUGCUAACCAGAAAGUUGUCCAUACCGGUCACAACGCCAAGUCCUUCCUUCUUGUCAACAAGUUUGACGAAGAAGAUAGAAUUCAUCUGACAAAUGUGUCAUUGAGUUACCCUCUAGUGCUUUCUUCAAAUGAAAAGAGUUCCUCCAAUGGCACUGACUUAAAUAUCUCGAUUGUUUACUCAGUCGCAACCACCUUGGAUAUUGACGAUAAGAGAGUGAUGGGAAGUGCAGUUGGACAGAACGGUACCUCUAUUUUCCAUCAGCGCCUGGACGGUAACUACGGCGAUGCUAACUUGACCACGAACUACAAAAUUCAGGUGAGUGGCCCCACAAAAGACUUUACUUAUAAACGCAGAGUCGAUGCUGAACAUGGAAAGAUUGUCUUUGACCACGAAGACUUCGAGGAUGGUACUGAGGAUUGGUCUCAAAUUAACGAGCUCAUUUCUCAAAUUGCCAGCAUCAACGGAACUGCUAAUGGACCUCUCCCUGAACUUCCUACUAACUGGUGA